AUGUCUUCCACCACAACUUCCACCGACAUCCCACCAAGCCUACUAGAGGCUGGCCUGGAAAAGAAGGACGACUCUAUGGUUGUCGACUGGGAUGGACCCGAGGAUCGUGAGAACCCUCGAAACUGGUCACCGCUCAAAAGAUGGGCGCAUGUUGUUAUCAUCUCAAUAUUGGCUUUGAUUACGAACAUGGCCCCCACAAUGUGUGCUCCAGGGGCAAAAGAUAUCGCUGCCGAUCUCCAUAUUACCUCUACUGUUGUCAGCACGCUUACAAUAACCCUGUAUGUGCUCGGCAUUGCCAUUGGUCCAAUGUUCAUGUCACCCCUGAGCGAGAUGUAUGGUCGUGUGCCUGUCUACCAUGGUGCGACUAUAAUAUUUGUUGCCUUCAUCAUAGGUAACGCUUUGAGCAAGACCACAAGCCAGUUUAUGGUCUUCCGAUUUAUCUCGGGAUGCGCGGGCGGUACUCCAAUGGCAUUAGGCGGGGGAACCAUCGCAGAUAUUACCAGCGUGCAGCAACGGGACGUUGCCAUGGCAUUGUUUAGUAUGGGUCCACUUGCGGGACCAGUCCUCGGUCCUGUCAUUGGAGGAUUCCUUGCGGCCGGUAGCGUUGGACUUUCUGGCUUCUUGCCAUCCUGGGCGGUGUUUUUGGCGCCAUCGCCGUGCUUCUUCUGCGGGAAACACAUCCCAAGCAUCUUGACAUCCCGCCAAGUCCUCCGGCAGGUGCUGGUCCGUCCGGUAAUACUGCUUGUGCGGUCACCCAUUCUCUUCGUGAUCUCCCUCUAUGUGGCACUGGUAUUUGGAGUGAUGUAUCUGCUCUUCACCACGUUUACCAGCGUUUUCGAGGGCCAAUAUGGAUUCUCGACCUCCAUUUCGGGGCUCACCUAUCUUGGGCUAGGCGUAGUGCUAGUGAUCAGCAUGGUUCUUUUCAACCUGCUGAAUGGUCACGUCCAGGCAGCACGCAUGAAAGCUGAGGGCGUGCAUCAACCACGCCCAGAGUAUCGUCUCUUGCUCAUGAUCUGGUUCAGUCCCUUCGUGGCCGGGGGCCUAUUCCUAUACGGCUGGACGGCAUACUAUAAGGUUCACUGGAUUGUUCCUAUCCUUGGCACAAGCUUGAUGGGCUUUGGCACAUUCUUUGUCAUUACGCCUGCACAGCUGUACCUUAUUGAUGUCUUUGGCUCCGAGGCUGCAGCAUCAGCUCUGGGGGCCAGCAACCUGCUUCGGUACAUUUCCAGUACAUUCCUGCCUCUUGCGGGACCAAGUAUGUAUAGCAGCCUGAACUACGGAUGGGGAAACUCCGUGUUAGGGCUUAUAGUGUUGGCGUUCGUUCCAGCGCCUGUCCUGUUCUACAAGUACGGAGAGCGCCUUCGUACUAAAAAAACAAUCGUGUAG